AUGUCCUUUGCACCGGCCGCUCCGUGGGACCGACUGCGCGCUUGGAUCGACGACAAAGAGAGAGAGGAGCGGACAUUCGACAGGCCGGCGAGGCUGACACAGCGCGAGCUCACGGCCAUCAGCAACCUGGUCCCCUUGAUUGAAGAGCCGGACAUUAGCGGCAAGGACCAUGUCAGCGCCUUGCACUAUGCCGCGCAGACUAAGCAAUGCUCCAUGCCGACGUUUGAGGAUGAGUCGGUUACCGUCAGUAUGAAUGGGAUCGUCGAAGCGAAAUGGCGAUGUUACUGCACCAUCGGACCGCAGGGCACCUUUCCAAGCCAAGGAUUCGGUCUGGACGAAACGGACGAGGCGCCCAUCUUUGCGACAAAGAAGAACGCAAAGCAAUUCGCCGCUCAGCAGGCGCUGGCCUUCUUGUCCAACAGAGCUCCCAUCACCUCCACGGCCACUGCUGCUGCUGCUGCGUCCUUGCCCAAACGCGCAGAGCUAUCGCAAGCAGCAUCUCCAAGCCUGCCACAAGCCAAGAAGAGCAGGACGGACGCAGGGCCGGCCGAAGCAGCGCAAGCCGUGACGGCGCCGGCGGACGAGACGACUGCCUCAUCCGUCCACGAGAGAGUGGUCUAUCUGUCGAAAAGACUCGGUCUCCAGCCGCCCGUCUACGAAACGCCUCCCUUGAUCGGCAUGCCCAACUUCUUCUCGGGCAGGACCGUCUUCCCACCCGGCGCGGACGGCCGCAUCCCCGACAAUGUCCUCGUCGUCAACGGCGUGCUGGGCAAGCAGCAGGCCAAGGACCAGCUCGCACGGCAAGUGUGUGACUGGAUGGAGAGGGAAUUCCAGGUGCGACAGGAGAUAUCACAAAGACUCUGGCCAAAAUGA